AUGGGGAAUCGAAGACUAACAAUCCGUGUAGACAAAUUCAACAAGGCAGCCUUUGCGCCCAUCAAGUCUCCCGUUGCUACUGUACAGCCACGAAGUGUCCCUCAAAACUCCCCGCCCAAGCUGAGCCCUUCAUCAACCGCCGAAAAGGUCGAGGUCAAGCAUGAGCCUAAGGUCGAGACCAACGGGAAGCCAAAUGGCCGCACGGAGCCAAUUCCUGUCAAUGGCGCAAGCAACGCCAGGCGCCUCUCACGCUCGGGCUCUGUCGACAAGCCCAACAGCUCCAGCGCGACACCACCCCACCGUCGCAAUUCGUGGUUUUCCAACAUCUCAGCCAAAUUCUCGGGCGCAGUCCCUCAGCCAAACGGACAACCUCAGCAGCCUACCAAUCACCAGCAACCACCUGCGCAACAGAGUCAACCGGCUUCUCCAGCAGCAAACGCAGAACCCAUUGUCCCCAAAAUCACGCCGACAAAGAACGCUGUUCUCCAGCAUGGGCUGAAGCCAGAAGGCGAUGAGCCUUACACUCCGGCCCCUCCGAGAUCGGGCCAGGCCGGGCUGCUUGGCGUUUUUCGGCGACUCUCUUCCUCAUCAGGAGGCAACAGUGGCCCUCUCGGUGCCGCCGGCAAGAUCAAUCACGGACUGGUCGAGCGCCGGAUAUUGAAUGUGGAUCGGGACCGAGACAGGUGUCCGAUCACGGAACUCAAGGAUAACAAGCUGAGGCGAGUAUCCUUCUUCGUCGAUGUCGAGAUCGCGCCCAUGCCAAAGUACGCCGAAUCCGAGGCAGAAACCAACGCCGUCGACCACGCCCAAAAGAAAAAGCUGAGCGAGAAGGGCGAGGGCGAAGCGCUGAAGAAUCCAAAGGUUGCCGAAGCGCAGAAAGAGACUUCUUCUUCAACUGAAAGUGUUGGCGUCAAUGAUGCCAAGCCCCGCGAAGCCGAGGCCAAGCAGGCUGCCCCGACUCAGAACGGCGCAAAGAGAGCGGAUAGCCCAGACGAUCAAAAAGCAGCGCCAAAGGACAUGACAAGAAAAAAGGAAAAGAAGAAGCGCAGUGAAGAGGAGCGCAAAUCCAGGAAAGAAAAAAGACGGCGGCUCGCCGAAGAGAGCGGGGCCAUCCCUAUAGAGAUUCACUAUGACAGCAGCGAUUCUGCCGAGCUCAACGGCAACGGAAGCCCAAAGACGAGCACUUCCCCCACGAUGAACCCGGUCAGGAUCUAUCGGAGAUGCUGCCAGCUUCGCGAAACGCCCAUCUUGAAGAAGAUUACCGAGCAGCUGAGCGACCCUACCAACGCUUCGGCCAAUGGCUUUGUCAACAAGAUCGACCUGACGGGCUACUUCAUGCAGCUGCAGGACCUCGUCACCCUGGGAGAUUACCUUGCCGUCGUGCCCGUGAAGGAGAUUAUUUUGCAAAACAGUGGGCUCACCGAUGAAGGCGUCAGGGUCAUUCUUGCCGGCCUAUUAGCAGCGAAGCACUCCGAAAUGGCCAGACGCAGAAAGGCUAAGCAUGCUCAUGAGGAAUCGGGAGGCGUGGUGGAGAGAGUUGUGCUGAAAGAAAACAAGCUGGGUCCGGAUGGCUGGAAGCACAUUUCGCUCUUCAUCUACAAGUCCCGAUCGCUCAAGUACCUCGAUCUCUCUAGCAUCCCAUUUCCCCGCCAAGCGUCCGCCAACACCAACGGCGCUCUUCAGAAUGGCGUCCAUAUUCCUCUCACCAUUGCCGACAUCUUUGCCAAGGCACUCGCAGACCGCCCAGCGGGAUCAGCGCUCGAGAUGCUUAGCAUUGGUGAGACCGAGCCGAGCAUGGUGCAGUUGGGCAAAAUCAUGGACGGGGUCAUUAAAUGUGGCAUCAAACGACUCAGUACUGCUCGCAACCCGCUCGACGGGGAUGGCGUUGAGCACGUGGUGAGAUAUCUCGAGUCUGGGAAUUGCGAGGGACUCGAUCUAGGCGGCAUCGAUCUCAGGGAACACAUGGACACCAUUGCCGCCUCCAUCAAGGAGACUGAUCCGCUAUGGGCACUGAGCAUAUCCGAUUGCAACCUGACCCCUUCGUCUCUCUGUAAAAUACUACCUACUCUGGCCAAGCUGAACAACUUCGUCUUCAUUGACCUUUCACACAACCAUGACCUCUUCCAAUCAACGCCGAGCGCCGUUGGUCUGCUUCGAAGGUACGAGAUGAAUCCGCAGUCUACAAAAGCUAUAGGAGAAGAAGAAUGCUAA